UCCGAUGGGGACGCACUGAAGAGCUGAGGUGAAGGGUGAAAAGCGUCCUUCGAGGUCCGGGUCCGGCUUGCCGGGCCAGCGAACUGGAGAGGCGCCAUGGGCUGGAGUAAGCCCCCCUCCACCUUCCGUCCUCUAUCGUUCUCCUUGUGGAAGUCGUCCCGGGUCUCGUGGGAUCCUCGCCGCCCGCUCCAGCCCUGCGCUGCGGGUUCCCCAGCGCCUGGGCGGACCCCAGCCCUACCCGACCCUCCGCCCCGCAGCCCCGGCUGCACCAGGUCCUCUGCAGACUGGCCGGACAGCCUGGCCUUUUCCAGCUCAGGUUCCUAAUCUGUAAAAUGGGCGGGGCCGUAGGAAGGGGAGGAAGAGGCAGAAAGGCACUGGACUCCAGGAAAGGGGUCGGGGAAGGUGCAGGGGUUUUGGCGCCAGACACACCGGGUUCCGGCCUAGUGGCUCCUUACUGGCUGUGAACGUGGGCCAGUCACUGUCUCCAAGCCGCAAUCUUCGGACUCAUUCCCGAAGGCAGUGUAGCCUAAUGGUGGAGGGUCCCGACUCUGGAGCCAGGGUUGAAGUCCUCCCUCUUCCUGUGACUUUGAGCGAGUCACUUCACCCCUUGGGCCUCAGCUUCUUCAUCUCCAAAAUAAAGGCAAUCAGAGUACUGUUUUAGACACAUCACAGAAGAUCUUAUUAGACGGAAUGCUGAACACAAUGACUGUGUCAUUUUUUCCCUGGAGGAACUCUCCUUGCAUCAGCAAGAAAUAGAAAGACUAGAACACAUUGAUAAAUGGUGCCGGGAUUUAAAAAUUCUCUAUCUUCAAAAUAAUCUUAUUGGGAAAAUUGAAAAUGUUAGCAAACUCAAGAAACUUGAAUAUUUGAAUUUAGCUUUAAACAACAUUGAAAAAAUAGAAAACUUGGAAGGAUGUGAAGAGCUGGCAAAACUUGACUUGACUGUAAAUUUCAUUGGAGAACUGAGCAGCGUUAAAACCUUGAAGCACAAUAUCCGUCUGAAGGAGCUCUUUCUCAUGGGAAACCCAUGUGCUUCCUUUGACCACUAUAGGGAGUUCGUGGUAGCAACUCUUCCACAAUUAAAGUGGUUGGAUGGUAAAGAAAUAGAGCCUUCAGAAAGGAUUAAGGCAUUGCAGGACUAUUCAGUAAUUGAACCACAAAUCAGAGAUCAGGAAAAAGAUCACUGUCUUAAACGAGCCAAACUCAAGGAAGAGGCUCAGAGGAAACACCAAGAACAGGAUAAAAAUGAAGACAAGAGAAGUAACGCAGGCUUUGAUGGACGUUGGUACACAGACAUCAAUGCUACUCUUUCCUCUUUAGAGAGCAAAGCCCACCUACAGGCACCAGACAUAGAGGAACACAACACAAAGAAAUUAGAAAACAGUGAAGAUGACUUGGAAUUCUGGAAUAAGCCCUGUUUGUUUACUCCUGAAUCAAGAUUGGAAACUCUUAGACACAUGGAAAAACAACGGAAAAAUCAGGAAAAAUUAAGUGAAAAAAAGAAGAAAGUGAAACCACCCAGGACUUUGAUCGCUGGAGAUGGGAAAGCCCUAAAUGUGAAUGAGCCCAAAAUUGACUUCUCUUUGAAAGAUAAUGAAAAGCAGAUCAUCCUGGACCUUGCUGUCUAUAGGUAUAUGGAUACCUCUUUAAUCGAUGUUGAUGUGCAACCAACUUACGUGCGAGUAAUGAUCAAAGGAAAGCCAUUUCAGCUUGUCCUUCCUGCAGAAGUGAAACCCGAUAGUAGUUCUGCUAAAAGAUCUCAGACAACGGGUCAUUUGGUCAUCUGCAUGCCCAAGGUAGGAGAAGUAAUCACAGGUGGUCAGCGAGCAUUCAAAUCUAUGAAAACUACCUCGGACAGGAGCAGAGAACAAACAAAUACAAGAAGCAAGCACAUGGAGAAACUAGAAGUAGACCCUAGCAAGCACUCAUUCCCUGAUGUGACUAACAUAGUUCAAGAGAAAAAACACACACCCAGAAGACGACCUGAACCCAAAAUUAUACCAAGUGAGGAAGACCCAACCUUUGAAGACAACCCUGAAGUGCCUCCGCUGAUUUGAAACAUCUGGCUGCGUUGCCAUUGGCUGAGACCCACCAGGUCCAGUUUUGGUUGGUGUAGAGACCAUAUGCAUAUUAUUCCUGGGAUAAACACAGAGUUAUUUGUCAAUAUCGCUACUCCAGUGUUUUAACUCUUACUUUGCAUAGUAAUACCCUUAAGCUAGCUUAAAAUUAAAAUGUGUGUCUUAAGUGCUAUAACUCAUCAUUUACCUAUAAUAAAGGGUUGGUAUUGAAAAUGUUUAGUAAGAUCAUAGAACUAUUGCAUAAAACAUUGAUUAUAAAUCCCAGAACUGUCUACUUAUGCAAAGUAUUAAUUCAUAGAUAAAAGGACUGAGUAUUAAGUUGGUACUUCAGCAAAUUUGUCAAGCUUAGAAGUUAAAGGUGUAAUUUCAGACCCAAUUGGAAUACUUUAAUAUUAUUUUAAACAGCAUUUCCAUUUUCCUUCUCAUGAUGUGUAUGCUUUCUCUGGUGGCAUGGUAUAAUGGCAAGAAUAUGAGUUUUGAAACCAGACACUCUAUAUUUGGAUUCCAGCUCAAUCACUUUGUAAAGACCUUCAGCAAGUCCUUUAAUUCUCUGAGCCUUAGUGGCUUCAUGUAUAAUCUGGGAAUAAUAACACUUGCCUCACAGGUUUGUCUCAAGAUAAACUGCAGAAAGCACUUAGUACAGUGUCAGCCAUACAUUUAGAGCCUCCUCUCUCUCUCCUUCUUCCCUUUCUCCUCUCUCUCCUCCUCCCUUUCUCCUCUCUCUCCUCCUCCCUUUCUCCUCUCUCUCCUCCUCCCUGCUCCUUCUUCCACUCCCUCCCCAAUUACUUUUCUCCCCUUAUUCUUUUUCUUCACCUUUUUACUCCCCACCCCACUCCUCCUCCUCUAUUUCCUUCUUUACUUCUUAAAUAUCUUACCUCUUCUUUAUCUAGAACAUUAUGAAUUCAAUAUUUCACAUACAUUGUAGGACAAAUUACUGUUACUGUGAUCAUGAUAUAGCAACAUUUAAAUCAGUUUCCCCAAAUAUUCAUUCAACAAAUACUUAUUGAGCAACUACUGAGUGCUAGCCCCCUCUCUGCUCAUCAGGGAUUUAGUAGUAACAAAGCAGACAAAUACAUACACACAGACUAUGUCAGGUGGUGUUCAGGGCUGUGAAGGAGAGUCAGAGUGAGGGGAUCAAGGGUGAUGGGUGCUUUUUCAGACAGGGCUUUUCUCUGUUAAACAGGCUUCCAAUGGAAGACUCUGCUAAUGUUUGGCAGGUAACUAAAAUGCAUCAGUUAGAAAAAAUAUGAUGAGAAUGAGGGACUGGUUAUAGGAAUGCAAUUGGACACAAAUGUGGGAAGAGCUGGGUAGUGAAGCUCUAGAAGGGAGAGGUAGAGAACUGAAAGAGGAUGCAUUGGUGCAGGUAGACAAUUCAGAACUUGUACAGAAUCUGAGAAGCUGAAAUAGGACUGUGACUGGGAGCUUGUGGAGAGGUCUAUGGGAAUCAUCAUGCUGCUGAAAUUGUUGCCUCUAUUUAUCUGCUGCCCUUCUGGUCCAUGGCCAAGAUCCUGGUGGGUGGGCUUGGAGUCAGCCUUCAUCAGCAGGCCUGCGGUAAGAAAGAUGGGAUAGACACACAGUGGUGGAGAUCAAGGAUCAGCUGCAGCAGGCUGGGUUCCUCUGCAUCUGUCCAUCACUGCGACUGACGGCGAUGACUGAGUAUAACACCUUUCUUCAUGGUCGCCUCUACCCAGGAACCACAUAGGGAAGGAAAUUCUGGAAAACAGUUCCCAGCAUAGCCAACUUGACGUAUCAUAAUCCAACAGAACUCAACUUCUACCAACUUGGAAAUCAUGUACAUUUGUCAGUACUGUAUUUAAUUUCCACAUAAAGAGAAAGCAACAUUAUACUUUUGACCAAAUUAAUACGAGUAUCCAUUAAUCAAACAAAACUGU